UCAUGACUGCGAGCUGGGGAUCAGGAAACUCUUCUUCUCCAGAAGGAUCCAGUGGUCAUGAAGUUAUGGAGAGGAAACUGGACAGGAUUGAGAACACCCUGAACAAGCUGGCAAAGCUGAUAGAAGAGUCUGACAAAAAGAGCUCCACCAAACAGCUCGCCACAAAUGUGGUACAAGAGAAAAAGAAGGUCGUGUUUCCUAAGUUAUAUCCUGACUCCAUCCUGUUCACCAAUUGGGGUGAUGACCUGACAGAAGAGGAGCAGAAGGAGGCUGAAAAUCUGUUUCACCUUUAUGGAUAUAAUGCUUUUCUGAGUGAUCGUCUGCCACUUGACAGGAAGCUUCCAGAAACAAGAGAUAAGAGAUGUCUGAUAAAGAAAUACCCCAGGAAACUGCCGAGUAUCAGUGUGGUGCUGAUUUACAUAAACGAGGCUCUUUCUAUCAUAAAGAGAGCAAUACGAAGUAUCAUCGACCGCACACCAAAGCAUCUGCUGAAGGAGAUCAUCCUGGUGGAUGACUACAGCACGUACAAUGACCUUGGAAAACCAUUACAAGACUACAUUCAUCAAAUCCAUAAAGAGCAUCCUGGAAUUUUAAAGAAAGUCCGACAUCCCCAUCAAAUGGGUUUGUCCCAGUCCAGGCUCACAGGUUGGGAGCACUCUACAGGGGAUGUUGUCGCCAUCUUGGAUGCCCAUAUUGAAGUGACAGAGGGAUGGGCAGAACCUUUGCUAGCCAGAAUCAAAGCAGAUCGGACAGUUGUGGUGUCUCCCGUGUUUGACAAAGUCCAUUUCGAUGAUCUCCAUGUGGAGAGAUACAUCUCAGCGGCUCAUGCCUUUGACUGGGCUCUGUGGUGCAUGUAUGAGAGCUUUGGAGAAGAGUGGUACAAGAGAGGGGAUAAUUCUCAGCCUGGCAAGAGUCCCUCUGUCAUGGGAAUAUUUGCUGCUGACAGACGCUUUCUUGGAGAAAUUGGUGGGCUAGAUGGAGGAAUGACAAUUUACGGUGGAGAAAAUGUUGAACUUGGUAUCCGUGUGUGGCUGUGUGGAGGAAGUGUGGAGGUUGUGCCUUGCUCCAAGGUCGCUCACAUUGAGAGGGUUUAUAAACCGUACAGGCCUGAUCUCAUGUCUACCAUGAGGAGAAACGCACUAAGGGCUGCAGAAAUCUGGAUGGAUGAUUACAAGAAGAACGUGCUCAUCGCCUGGAACCUUCCUCUCAAGAAUCAUGGAAUUGACAUUGGUGACGUGUCAGAGAGGAAUAAGCUCAGAGAAAAGAUGAACUGUAAACCCUUCCAGUGGUACCGGGACAAUGUUUAUCCAGCUCUGGAAGAAUGGAAUAACAUCUUGGGGUAUGGUGUGCUGCAGAACAGCCUCCUUAAGAAGUACUGCGUGGACCAGGGAGUUGUUCCAGGAAACAUCCCGAUUCUGUAUGAGUGCUCCUCCUUGCAGCCUCAGCUUUGCUACUACAACACAGAGAGUGAAAUCAUCAUUGGUGGACUGAAAUCUCACAAAUACAACCAUAACCGUUGCCUGGUUGAUCCCGGCUCAGGCAGCACUCCCACUCUGCAGGACUGUCAGGUGGCCAAACAGAACAAUCUUCAUAUGCAGUGGGACUUUAAACAGGGUGGAGUCAUCAGAAACAAAGCAACAAAUCGAUGUCUCGAAGUGGCCCAGGGAGUAAACCUUUAUUAUACACUCAUUAUUCAACAAUGCAGCGGACAGAGCUGGACGAUCCAGCAUAUCGUCACAAGUUUUUAG